AUGGCGCCGUCCGGCGCAAAGCCGAAAAGGAACGUUCGUAUAGACUCCUUACCGUCUGAUCGUCGGAUAGCGGCAAAGGACUGCCGCCAGUGCGUGACGCGUCGCAUCAAAUGUGAUCGGUCUAUGCCACAUUGUCGCAAGUGCUCUAUUCGUGGUUUAGUGUGUCCCGGGUUCCCCCGUGUGUAUCUGAGAUGGGAUCAGGGCGUGGCCAGCAGAGGGUAUCUCUCGGGCAAGAGCCUACCACUUGUGGGAUGCAAUGCUUCUGUGCCUGGCCUGGAAUAUGUCUCAUCCUCUGAUUCAAGCUUCAUAUUAUCGCCCCAAAAUGUUUCAAUCCAGAAUGCAUCCCCGACGAGUGAUGCUGAGCUCGCAACUCAGCACCUUUCACGUUCUCUUUGCGACAAGCUUCUUCUACACUUCCUCUCAAACGUUGCUUCCCGUUUAACAUGGAUCGAUGGCCCAGAUAAUCCAUGGAGAAGCCUCGUUCUACCACUUGCCCAGCGAUCUGCCUGUCUCCGCUUGUCAAUCCUGGGUCUAGCAGCCGCCCAUCUAUCUGCCACAUCCGCGGAAUUCGAGCGGUCCUCGACUCAUCUGCAAGUUAACCAGCGUCUGCGGAAUGAAAUCCUCGGGACCCUUAGUAGGAAAAUGCAGAUCGAGUGCUCUGCAAAUUCUAUCUCCGUCGGAGGAGGCUUCCUCGACUUCUCAUUAGUGGAGAUGCUCGCCUCGAUGCUGGUUCUUUGUUAUGGAGAACUACACAUUCCGGGCUCGAUGGAUUGGAAGCUUCAUCUCCGUGCAUGCCACGCAAUCAUUGAAAGACACCAUCUGCGAAGCAUGCGGGAACUUUCUGGGGAUGUAAUCGCCAAGUGGCUAAUCAAUGAAGUCAUUGAUCUUGAGAUCUUUGGAAAUAUCUCCGCUUUCACCUUGGAGCUUGAUCCCAGCGUUAUGAUGACCUGGCCUGCUGUUUUCGAUGGCGACUUCUGGGAUUUCACGUUGCUUAUUAACGAGACUACAGUGGCUGAGAGGUCCCACUAUGCUCUUUUGAAAAGUAGCAACGGCCCUGUACAAGUAGACAUGAGAUAUUGGCACGCUAAACUGGAGAUAGCCUGCACUCGCGCGAGCAUGUUGAUCUCAUCCUUUCCUGAAGAUGAACCGUUGAAACGAACUCGCUUUCGCGCCAUCAUAGAAGCACAUUACCAUGCCUGCCUUAUCUACAGUUACCAAGCCCUUGCAUCUCAGGCCGAAGCGGCCGAGGCGAUUCAGUCAUCUUUGAACCAUCUCUGGAAUAUAGUUGUGGCUGUAACGACGGAGCCUGGACCGACCUUUGCCCAUGAUAUUUUCUUUCCUCUUUUCAUCGUUGGCACUGAGAGCCAACAUGACAAGCAAAGACAGUCACAUAUCGAGAAUCUAUUCCUGCAGUCUAUUGCUACGACCGGGUUUUGGUGCAACCAUGCCGCACUGCAAUUCCUUCAUCUUUUCUGGGAAAGUUCUAGCGACAAACACCAAAGGAGCUGGAUUCAGUUUGCCCGAAUUAAUGAGGAAGAGAUUGGGUCUUUCUUUGUGUUUUAA